UAGAAAUUACAAAGGGAGAGGAAGAAAACAUUUUUUUGGAUCGUUCUAACAGUUUUAAAAUUAGUCAUACUUCAAUAAAUAUAGCAUGAUCGUGUGUACUGGGCCUUAUAUGACGUUGUAACGCGCUUAGGUAUAACUGUAAAAAUGAAAGCUAUUAAAGGUUUGAAUCAGUUUACAUGCAACGUAAAACUAUAUUUGUAAAAUAAAAGUACAACAAAGAGUUCAUUUAGGAGAAGAUUAAAAGAUUGGUGAUAUUUUGAAGUUUGGUCAGUUAAUCUCAAGUAGAAGGGUAUCAAUAUUCUAAAAAGUGCUUUUAACAAGUCUAGUGAACUAGCAACUUUCUGAAAAUGGGAAUUGGAGGACCAAAAUUGUUGUUGUUAGCAACAUGUGUAGUAAUAAAAGUCUCGAUUGGUUUGUUGAUUGCUGGUGCAGUUAGUGAUAAAUGGUUUGUAUUAAAAGAGACAACAGUAACAGGCACUGAGUACUACCAGGGCUUGCUUAAAGAAUGUUUCAUCACACCAUUCGGAACAACCUGUACAAAAAGAGAUAGCAUUCUCAAGUUUGAAGGAGAAACCGAUAGCAGAAAUGUUCAACGAUCAUCAUUCCGAUUAUUUGAUGGUAAAGUGUACGACACGAUAUUGUUGUCGUUGAUUUUAUCCGUUGGGUUUUCAUUAUUUGGAUUGAUACCAUCAUAUACCAUGUUUUGCUCAAAUGGAUCAAAUUCAUGGAGAAUUGGUGCGAUAUUAACUGGCAUUCUCACAUCAAUUGGAGUUUGUAUCGCUUUCGGUGGUCUUGGUUAUUCGGAAAGUUUGUUUGAUCGACGAGAAUUAGCCCAAUACAAACAUGGCUGGUCUCCUAUUAUUGGUUGGGUAGGAGCUGUUGCACAGCUUUUUGGCGCCAUAUUGGCUUUUAUUCUUAUCUGUAUAAAGCCGAGACCAGAUUUUAGUAACCAAGGACAUGUCGUGUACAGUCACAACAACUCAACAAAUUAUGUUAACAGAGAAUACAAUAUGACUGAAACAAGGCCGAAUUACGAAAAUAAAGGUUACCAAGGAAACGAGCCUUCUUCACGGGAACAGUACUUGGGUUAUAAUAAUUAUCGAAAUCAAGAGAGGGAAGCCCAGAGACAACAAGCAUAUGAUCGGCAACAGAGGCAGCAGGAAGAACGAAAUCAGAAAAUACAACAACAAUACGCUUAUCGUCCUAAAUCUCGUAACGAGCGCCAUCCAAGUUACGAUAACACUGGUUACCAUAUUCGAUAACAUCUGCGGUUUAUGCUUAAAGAGUUUAUCACCAGUUGAUGAAAAUAUGGGGUUUACUGCAAUAAGAUUACUUCCGAAAAUGAAGGAAAGUUGACAUUGUUUGUAUGUAAGAUACAAAACAGUCAGGUGACGUAAUCCGUUGUAAAUGUUUUAGAACAGAAAACUAGGAAA